UUUAAAAAACAGGGUGAUAGAAUGAACUUUCUCUCUCCACGGAUUCUAAGGCGCUGGGGCGGGCUCACCACUGGGCGGGGUGCGGAGCGCAGUAGCCAUCCCGGCACCCCGCGCAUCCCCCCAACUCCAGCGCACUGGAGAGAGGGACAAAGAGUUGGUCCAAGUUUGAGCUCCCAGCGCAGUCAGGCUUCGGGAAGGAAGGUCUCCCGGAAGACACCUGGAAUGCUCAAGAUGCAGCGAGGAGGAAAAGCCAAAAGGCCAAUUCACAGUCCCGGUGCUGGGGGACAGGCAGGGAAAGAGAGUUAGGCCAAUCCUAGCAGAGCGAGUGGCGGGCGAGAUGAAGCUCCAGAAGGCAGGCCUCUCUUGCGCUCCGAAGAAAAGCAAACUGUCCUCCCGGGUGCACCCGGAUACUAGGCUCCUCUCUGAAAAACUCCUUCCCCUCACGCACUAAACUUUUCUCCGGGCCUUGCUCUCUCCCUCCCCGGGAGCCGCGGAGCGGGAAGGGUUAAGCCAGUUCGUCCCAGCUGACAGUCAGCUGAUUGGGUCCUGAUUGACAGCUCCGAAAAGUUUCCUUGUUUCUAUACUAUUAUGCUAAUCGCGGCCGCUCUUGCCGCCUCCCAUUGGCCCGGAGUGCCAGUCAAUUUCCCAUUUGGGCCUGACGUCACGAGUGCUAUAAAACUCAGCAAUUGCUUUAAACUCUUCUUGCUGGAUCAGAGGCUUUAAAAUCUUUUUUCAUCUUCGAGCUGUAGCUUGGGCUGCUCGUCGGCUCGGCCUGCCCCCCCUUCCCACUUUGCUUUCUGCCUCGCCUUUCCCCAGGACUUCGCUAUUUUGCUUUAAAAAAAAAAAAAAAAAAAAAAAGGAAAGAAAGAACUAAACUUCCCCCUCCCUUUCCUCCAGCCGGGCUGCACCUCUGUCUUGCACUUUGCACGGAGGAAGAGAGAGAGAGAAAGAGAGCGAGCGAGAGUGCGAGAGAGAGGAGAAAAGAGAAAAAAAAUAAAUAAAAAGAGCCAGGCAGAAGAGGAGGCGAGAAGCAUGAAGUGUUAACUCCCCCGUGCCAAGGCCCGCGCCACCGGACAGCCGCCUGCCGCGCCUCCAGCCCCGAGCGGCCGCCGCGCGCGCCCCGCCUGCAGCCCGGCCGGCAAGGCGAGCCCUCCUUAUGCAAAGCGCGCAGCGGAGCGGCGAGCGGGGGACGCCGCGCACCAGGCCGGGCUCCUCCGGCUUCGCAGCCGCCGCCGCCACCGCAGCCCGCGGAGGACCUUCCCGAGCCUGAAGCCGCCGGCUCGGCGCGCACGGAGGCGAGCAGGCGAGGAGGGGCCGGGGCGAGCGAGCAAGCACAUUGGCCCCAUCUGGCGGAGCGGCGGCGGCGGCGGCGGCGGCAGGAGAAUGGCAUCAGAACUGGCAAUGAGCAACUCCGACCUGCCCACCAGUCCCCUGGCCAUGGAAUAUGUUAAUGACUUCGAUCUGAUGAAGUUUGAAGUGAAAAAGGAACCGGUGGAGACCGACCGCAUCAUCAGCCAGUGCGGCCGUCUCAUCGCCGGGGGCUCGCUGUCCUCCACCCCCAUGAGCACGCCGUGCAGCUCGGUGCCCCCUUCCCCCAGCUUCUCGGCGCCCAGCCCGGGCUCGGGCAGCGAGCAGAAGGCGCACCUGGAAGACUACUACUGGAUGACCGGCUACCCGCAGCAGCUGAACCCUGAGGCGCUGGGCUUCAGCCCCGAGGACGCGGUCGAAGCGCUCAUCAGCAACAGCCACCAGCUCCAGGGCGGCUUCGAUGGCUACGCGCGCGGGGCGCAGCAGCUGGCCGCGGCGGCUGGGGCCGGCGCCGGUGCCUCCCUGGGCGGCAGCGGCGAGGAGAUGGGCCCCGCCGCCGCCGUGGUGUCCGCCGUGAUCGCUGCGGCCGCUGCGCAGAGCGGCGCAGGCCCGCACUACCACCACCACCACCACCACGCCGCCGGCCACCACCACCACCCGACGGCCGGCGCGCCCGGCGCCGCGGGCAGCGCAUCCGCCUCGGCCGGCGGCGCGGGCGGCGCGGGCGGCGGUGGCCCGGCCAGCGCCGGGGGUGGCGGCGGCGGCGGCGGCGGCGGCGGGGGCGCGGCGGGGGCGGGGGGUGCCCUGCACCCGCACCACGCUGCCGGCGGCCUGCACUUCGACGACCGCUUCUCCGACGAGCAGCUGGUGACCAUGUCAGUGCGCGAGCUGAACCGGCAGCUGCGCGGGGUCAGCAAGGAGGAGGUGAUCCGGCUGAAGCAGAAGAGGCGGACCCUGAAAAACCGCGGCUAUGCCCAGUCCUGCCGCUUCAAGAGGGUGCAGCAGAGACACGUCCUGGAGUCCGAGAAGAACCAGCUGCUGCAGCAAGUCGACCACCUCAAGCAGGAGAUCUCCAGGCUGGUGCGCGAGAGGGACGCGUACAAGGAGAAAUACGAGAAGUUGGUGAGCAGCGGCUUCCGAGAAAACGGCUCGAGCAGCGACAACCCGUCCUCUCCCGAGUUUUUCAUAUGCUGCAAGAUGACCCACAUUGGCACCAGGCUUCGGAGAGACAACAGGGAACCACAAGGGAUCACUUUCAGAGGAGUGCCAAUCUGAAAGAGAGGUUUCCACCCUGGGGACAUGGCCAGUGUAAUCAAAGCUGCUCUUCACUGACCAUGCCAAGGGCCGGGCAAAGAAUCAACUAAAUUCAGUCCUUGCUGCAACCACCCAAGUCCCUCCCUUGAAGUUGACAUUAAUGACCUGCGGUUGUUGAGUGACUUAGAGCUCCAACGUGCUUUCACAAAAAAACAUAAUCUUGAACUUCUUAAAGUGCAGAAGGCUACCUUGCGGAGUGAGGCAGCCCCAGCCGGGAGAGGAGCUGACGCUCACUGUUCUGGCCUUGACUGAUCUACCCAGCCGGAAGUGGAGAGUCUCUGCAGCACCACCGCACCCCGGCAGAUGCCGCCUGGAGCAGUGUGCCCCGGGGCCCGACCCGCCACGACGGGUCAGCAGAUGACACUUCUUCAGCUGUCCUUAGUAUUCACUGCCAUCCUGUGAAGCAGACGGCAGCGGCCGUCUCCCCAGCCUGGAGCCCUGCGCUUUGCAUGUGUUAGUGUAUUUAUUCUUUGAGACUUCCUUCCAGAGUGAGUUCUACAGACGAGGAAACCAGGCCAAGAGUGUGUGGAGGCAGAGGGACGUAAUUAUUUCUUUUCUAAAUAAUGACACAUGCUGAUGUACCUUCCAUCCUCCCAGAGCACAUACUGGUAACUCGUUUCUGAAUGCUCUUCUUAUCCCGAGAGGUUUCAGGGGCGUAGACAAGAAGGUGUGUGACUCUGAGCCCUCGGACUCUCAGAUCCAGAUCUGCCUGUUCUGUCAUGCCCCAGCCCACCUUGGAUGACCUGCCGUCCACGGGAGCACCCAGCAUCCUAGGGCCUGAUAGAGGGCUGGGGUGUCUGGCAGGCCUUGCUUCCUGAUGGAGUCUGUAGGGAAGCACCAAGAGAGAAGAGGCUAAGCACUGUGGAGACAUUAAAAUGAAACAUUUUCCAGAAUGUUACAAGACUCUCCAUUGUCAAGGCCAUCCGAGUAGCCAAGGACCAAUUAAUGGUCACAGGAGAUGUCAUGCUGGAAUCCUAUCCUGCAGAACUGUUUGAUAAUGCAUCUAUAAAUCCAGAGAUUCAAGAUCAACCAACCAAUGUGCCCCCUGACACACACACGCACGGAUGGUUUUACCUUGCUAUGUCUUAAGUUCCUUUUCUCUCUGAGUCUGAGAUAUGAGUAAUUCAUUACACAAUUGGAUUUUACGGUUUGUUUAUGUUGAUUCCGAUUACAGAAUAAAUGACUACCUGGAGUAUAUAGGGAAAAAAAACUAAUGAAAAAACAAACAUCAAUCAAGAACAUUUAUGAAUAAAGACUUUAAACAUCCAUACUUAGAAAUAUAUAUGAUAUUUAGAAAUAGAUCUGAAAAGACUUAUGUAAUGUGUUUUAAUCAAAUCUUGAAGAGAAAUUGACCAAUAAAUCAAAUCUUGAAAAGAAAUUGACCAAUAAAUCAAAUUUGGAAAGAAAGUGACAGAUAAAUCAAGUCUAAAAAAGAAAACAACCACUACAUCAAACCAUGAUAUGUUUAUUAAAGCA